CAGCUCCGGUAUGUUCCUGCUGCAGACCUCUCUGCUCCCCUCCUACCAGCCUCACUCACUGACACAUCUUCACAUUUGUAUCUUUGAGUUGGUCUGUAGACUGAGUUCCUCAGCCGGGGGUCACUUCUUGCAGCCUCUCCAUCUGCGUGUGCUGAACAACUCUUCCUCCAACAUGCACCUGAGUAGGUGAAGGGAGCAUCCAAAACGAAGGAGUUAUCACCAGUUUGUUCCCUUCUCUCCGGGUCUGUACUCCUUUCUGGCAGAUCACCCUCCGAUGCAAUUAACCCAGGAAGAAGACUUUGUAAAGGGGGACUCGACGCCGACCACCGAAGCUCUCCAGUCCGACGGCAGCGCCGGAUCUCCGGCCAAAAUGUGCAGUGAAUGUUACGUGAACCAGACAUUUGUGCACGACGAUGGCACCGUGAACGACCACAAGCCACGCUCCCCCUCAGCUCCUCUCCAGACCCACAGCAGCAGCAGUGGGGUGAUCCUGGACAUCGCUGCCCUUAACAUGGAGCAGCAGGAGAGCGAAGAGGUGCCUCCGCUGCCCCCCCGCUUCCGCUUCCGAGACCUGCUGCUCGGGGACCAGAGCUUCCAGAAUGAUGACAGGGUGCAGGUGGAGUUCUAUGUGAACGAAAACACCUUCAAGGAGCGGCUGAAGCUUUUCUUCAUCAAAAACCAAAGAUCAAGCCUCCGUAUCCGUGUGUUCAACUUCUCCCUGAAGCUGCUCACCUGUCUGCUGUACAUCAUCCGGGUGGUGACCGAUAACCCGGGUCACAGCGCAGGACAGCAGAACGCUAACAGUGGCAACGUCAAAUGUGUUGACUGCCAGUGGAACGGAUCAGUGCAGGACAGAGAGAUUAACUGGGGGUUGAUCUUCUGGGUGGAUAGAAAAGUUCCUGUCUGGGCCAUCCAAGUGAUUGUUGCCAUCAUUAGUUUUCUGGAGACUAUGUUACUGAUGUAUCUCAGCUACAAGGGGAACAUUUGGGAGCAGAUUUUCCAGGUGUCAUUUCUUCUGGAGAUGAUUAACACAGUUCCCUUCAUCAUCACGAUCUUCUGGCCCUCGAUCAGAAACAUCUUCAUCCCCGUGUUUCUCAACUGCUGGCUGGCCAAGUGUGCUUUGGAGAACAUGAUCAAUGACGUCCACAGAGCCAUCCAGCGGACGAACUCGGCCAUGUUCAACCAGGUUCUGAUCCUGAUCUGCACGCUGCUCUGCCUGGUGUUCACCGGCACAUGUGGGAUCCAGCACCUCGAGCGGGCGGGGAAAAAUCUGUCGCUCUUCAACUCCUUCUACUUCUGCAUCGUCACCUUCUCCACGGUGGGCUUCGGAGACGUCACCCCCCGCAUCUGGCCCUCCCAGCUGCUGGUGGUCAUCAUGAUCUGCGUGGCUCUGGUGGUGCUGCCUCUGCAGUUUGAGGAGCUGAUGUAUCUAUGGAUGGAGAGACAGAAGUCUGGAGGGAACUACAGCCGGCACCGCGCGCAGACGGAGAAACACGUGGUGCUGUGUGUCAGCGCGCUGAAGAUAGACCUGCUGAUGGACUUUCUCAAUGAGUUCUACGCACACCCCAGGCUGCAGGACUACUACGUGGUGAUCCUGUGCCCCAGUGAGAUGGACCUGCAGGUGCGCAGAGUGCUGCAGAUCCCUCUGUGGUCUCAGAGGGUCAUCUACCUGCAGGGGUCUGUCCUCAAAGACCAGGACCUGCUCAGAGCCAAAAUGGAUGACGCUGAGGCCUGUUUUAUUCUGAGCAGUCGUAACGAGGUGGAUCGCAUGGCAGCGGACCAUCAGACCAUCCUGAGAGCCUGGGCUGUGAAGGACUUUGCUCCCAAUUGCCCCCUUUAUGUUCAGAUACUCAAACCUGAAAAUAAGUUUCAUGUGAAAUUUGCAGAUCAUGUUGUGUGUGAGGAGGAGUUCAAGUACGCCAUGCUGGCCCUCAACUGUGUGUGUCCCGCCACCUCCACCCUGGUCACGCUCCUCGUGCACACCUCCCGCGGACGAGAGGGACAGCAGUCUCCGGAGCAGUGGCAGAGGAUGUACGGUUGUUGCUCUGGAAACGAGGUGUACCACAUCCGAGUGUGUGACAGCAAGUUCUUUGGAGAGUAUAAUGGCAAAAGCUUUACAUACGCCUCCUUUCAUGCUCACAAGAAGUACGGCGUGUGUCUGAUCGGGAUAAAGAAGGACGACAACAAGAGCAUCCUGCUGAACCCCGGCCCCCGCCACAUCAUGGCCGCCACCGACACCUGCUACUACAUCAACAUCACCAAGGAGGAGAACUCCGCCUUCAUCUUCAACCAGGAGCAGAGGAAGGGCCGCCCAGCGGGGGGGCUGUACGACGGACCCUCGCAGCUUCCUGUGCACAGCAUCAUCGCCAGCAUGGGCACUGUUGCCAUGGAUCUUCACAACACGAGUCCCCCUGAUGGGGGUAAACUGGUCCCGCCCUCAGUAAACGGAGCAGGGGGUCGCCGGCCGAGCAUCGCUCCAGUUCAGGAGAUCGCCGACUCCUCCUCCAUUCUGCCAUGUGACCUUCUCAGCGACCAAUCAGAAGAUGACUCUGUCUUCACAGAUGAGAAAUCUACUGAGUACGUGAAAGGUUAUCCCCCCAACUCUCCGUACAUCGGGAGCUCGCCCACCUUGUGCCAUCUGUUGGCAGAGAAUGCUCCGUUCUGCUGCCUACGACUGGACCAGGGUUGCAGGCACAACAGCUUUGAGGAUGCUAAGGCUUAUGGUUUUAAAAACAAGCUCAUAAUUGUGUCUGCUGAGACAGCAGGGAACGGUCUUUAUAACUUUAUCGUUCCUCUCAGAGCUUAUUACAGACCCAGAAAAGAACUCAACCCCAUUGUCCUGCUGCUGGAUAAUCCGCCGGAUAAUCACUUCCUGGAGGCCAUCUGCUGUUUUCCUAUGGUCUACUACAUGGCUGGGACCAUCGACAAUCUAGACAGCCUGCUGCAGUGUGGAAUUAUCUACGCUGAUAAUUUGGUGGUUGUGGAUAAAGAGAGUACAAUGAGUGCCGAAGAAGACUACAUGGCUGAUGCCAAAACUAUUGUCAAUGUGCAGACCAUGUUCAGGUUGUUUCCCAGUCUGAGCAUCAUCACAGAGCUAACUCAUCCCUCCAACAUGAGAUUCAUGCAGUUCAGGGCAAAGGACUGCUACUCACUGGCCCUGUCCAAACUUGAGAAGAAAGAGCGUGAUAAAGGCUCCAACUUGGCCUUCAUGUUUCGCCUACCCUUCGCUGCAGGGCGAGUGUUCAGUAUCAGCAUGCUGGACACCCUGCUGUAUCAGUCCUUUGUGAAGGACUACAUGAUCCUUAUUGCAAGGCUGCUUCUGGGGCUGGACACCACUCCAGGGUCAGGAUACCUCUGUGCUAUGAAGGUAACAGAGGAAGAUCUGUGGAUCAGUACUUAUGGCAGACUGUUCCAGAAACUCUGCUCCUCGAGUGCCGAAAUUCCUAUUGGGAUCUAUCGGACAGAAUCUCACAUUUUCCCAACUUCUGAGUCUCAGGUGUCAGUCAGUGUGGACGAAUGUGAGGACACCAAGGAGAAAGGGGAGGAGUCUCGCAGCAACGACCAGUCAGAUCACCCCCUGCUGAGGAAGAAGAGCAUGCAGUGGGCCCGGCGUCUGAGUAAGAAGAGUGUGAGGUGGCAGGGGCCCAGCCGGGACUCGAGCCGGGACCAUGGCCAGCGCAUCGCCCAGCAGCGCCUCAACCUGUACCGCCGCUCAGAGAGGGAGGAGCUCUCCGAGCUGGUCCGCAACCGCAUGAAGCAUCUGGGCCUCCCCACCUCAGGAUAUGAAGACCUCACUAACCUGACAGCCAGCGACGUCAUGAACAGAGUCAACCUGGGAUACCUACAAGAUUUUCCUGUUUCAGAUGAGCAGAACGAUCACCAGAACACCCUGUCUUACGUCCUGAUCAACCCCUCUCCUGACACCAGGCUGGAGCUCAAUGACGUUGUGUAUUUGAUUCGUUCGGACCCUCUGGCUCACGUCCCAGAGGAGACUCCUCUCCACAGAAGCAGCCUGAAAGAGAGACACGAGUCUGAAACAGAGCCCAGAGAGGACACCCAACUCUGAGGAACACGCUGACCUCCACUGAUACACCCCUUCAGCUUUUCACGGGGGUCUGGUUGCAUCCAUGCAGUCUGAAAGAGGACAAUCUGUGCUUCGAUGUUCCAGCACUGCAGUCUGCAACCGUGUUUUGAGUGCCUACUGUUGGCCGGUGGCAUUUCACCGUCUCCUGCUGUGAAAGCUCUCUCAGAUGAGCAUUCAGGGACAAGCUUAACAAACAAAAAGGAAGAUUUGAAUCAGGCCCAUCAAACCUGCUUGAUUAGAGUGACUUUCACUGACCACUGUCUGGAGAUGUUUAAUAUUGCUCAUGCUCUUUUGGGUUGUGGCUCCCCUAAAAAAAACAUGGAGUUUAGAGACUUUGGCCCAGGAUUGAUCUGUCUUUUCUUUCUUGUUCAGAUGCAUUUAUUCUAGUUGUGCCUGGUCUGUCACUUACCUAUUCACCUUCAAUCACAUCAAAUAAAACACAACACUCAACACUAUGUGACUUAAAUCAAAUAUGUGCAUUAAAGCUUUCCUUUAAAGCUUAUUUGUAGCUGAAUCAUAGAAGUAGUUGCUAACGGAGCCCGGCAUUAGAGAAAGAAAGGACACUAUUCACAUUUGUGAGCACAAGAUAUACUUAAUUUAAUGAAAUCAUUACCAGAUUUUGUUUUUGUGUCCACAAAUUAAAUCUUUGAUAAUGUAAGCCGUGGACAAGGCCAAGUCAUUCAUUCCAGUCCUUCGUUUAUAGAGAGAUGUGAAUACAUAUUAAUGAAGCUUUACUUUAGCUCUGGGAGGAGUUAUCUUGACGUGUUUACAAGACUUGCUGAUAAAGAAAGAUUGUGGAUGAUAUUAUGAGCAAUGCACAAUUUAUCAAGGAUCGAUAAACUACUGGAAUUAAUAAAUAGCGUCCUAGGUUUGUUAACUUUGUUCAGUGGCGUAGAGGUUUUAGAUAUUAAAUCAUGUAAAUAUUGUUGUUCCUCUGCAGCACAUUUCUGAGGUUGGAUGAGGUUUUUGCAAUACAAGUGCUCAGUUUAACCCUUUUAACAGUCUGUGCAAUAUAUUCAGUAUUGUGCCAUUCAGAUUGAUUUGAUUUGUACUAUAUUAGGAAUCAGAAAACUUUGACUUUAAGCACUACUUAAUUAAUAAAUGUGCUUGUACAUGUAUGGCUCUUUGGACAAGGUAGGAAUUUCUAAAAUGCUACAUCCUGUAUUGUAAGAAUAUUUGACUUUGACUUUAAUUUUCACAAUAAAGUGCUAUAUCAUGAAGUAAAAA